AACUUCUUUCGUUAUUUUUUGCACUGAGCUGUCAAGAAGCAGCAAUAUGAGUGUUUUACCAGGAAUUUGUACACUGCUAGAAGAAAUUGAUAAAAAGAUUAUGGUUGAAUUAAGAGAUGGCCGAAUUUUAAUUGGUUAUUUAAGGAGUAUUGAUCAAUUUGCCAAUUUAGUACUACAUCGGACUGUUGAAAGAAUACACGUGGACAGCAGAUAUGGGGAAAUACCUCUUGGUGUUUUCAUUGUGAGAGGUGACAAUGUGGUACUGCUAGGUGAAUUUGAUGAUGAUAAAGACAGAACAACAAAACUUAUUCGAGUGUCCAAGGAGGAAAUAUUAGAAGCUCAAGUUCUGGAGCAGAAAGUAAAACAAGAAAAAGAACAGAUACGUAUUAAAGCGCUGAAAGAGAGAGGCUUUAGCUAUCAAUUAGAUACAACACAUGAAGACUACUAACAAUUAUUGCUCUAGAGCUUCCGUAUUUUAAAUAUGUGUACAUUGAUGAUUACCUGUAAAAGGGCAUUUGUGUUAUCACAAAAAUAUUUUUUAGACUUUUUUUUUUCUUUUGAUUUUUUGUACAAUUUUAAAUUAUAUACUCAUGAACAGUGAGUUUAUUUCCACUCAUUUCAAGUGAUUAUACCAAAUACUUAUUAUUUGAUGUAGAUAUAACAAAAUCCAGUGUUAUAUUUACAUGAAUUUCUUAUAAUCAUUUUGUAUGAAAGUUUUCUUAAAAAUAUCUUAAUUUUUGUAAAUAUUUUGCUGUUUUAAAAUUGAAAUUAUUUUGGUUAAAUUGUAAAUGUUCUUAGAACUAUAUUUUUAUUUCCUACAAAUACAAUUUACUUGCCGUAACAUCUUCAUUGUGUGUUUUUUAUGCAAAUUUGUAUCACUACUUUUGAUUUGAAAAUCAUACAAUAUCGAACAUUUUUUUAAUGUUUAAGUAAAAUUGUAUCAUUUCAAAAUGUAUUUUAAAUUUUUCUUGUACAUGAUUUAUUGCAGUUAAAGCCAGGAUUUGUAUUAAAAAUGCACUUAUUAUGUUUUAUAAAAAAGAGAUAUCUUUCAGAUUUUAUUAAAAAAAGUGUUUGUCAAUGUGUUACAUAAUUAAUCUGUUCAAGUAUUCUGUUGAGCUAGAGUUAAAAUAAAUCUGAUGUAAUCCUGAUGGACUAAAAUUUUGUGAUCUAUUUCAAUAACAAGAUAUGUGUGGCCAUUUUGAUUUUUUUUUUUCUUUCUUUUUCUAUUAAGUAUUAGUUUGUCCCAGUCCUCAAAUAUUAGUAUAUGUUUCUUUUUACAGUGCCUGAAAAAGAAUAUCAUUUUUAUUUAUUUAUUUCUCAUCUUAGUUUUUAUGAUUACUCUUCUCUAUCCAUCUAUCUCCAAAGUGAAUAUUUCAUACUGCAUGAAUGUAGUUCAAAUGUAUAACCAGCAAUUUGUAAAAUUCUUUAGAUAUUUUUAAAGAAUGAAAUUUUAUGCAUAUAAAAUAAUAAUAAUCAUCCAUGGUAUAAAUUUUAUAUCUAUUGCAUAUAUCUAUAUAACAUAAUGGUUUAAUAAAACGUAAUAAAUAUCUUUCGGCAGAAAAAAUUAUGUAUAGAAAAAAAAUAUUCUACCAAGUCUCCUUAAAAUGGAAAAAUUCAACCUAUUUGUAAAAAAAAAAAUUUUUUUUUUUUAAGCAUGCGAUUUUGAAGUGAUGAGCCUCACUAGUAUUUUAUAUUUUUCAUACAAACUUUCAUAGAAAAUAAGGCUUUGAAAGCAAUAAUAUUUCUUAGAAUCUGAAUCCAUAUACGUUUUGAAAUGAAUAUUAACUAGAUUGGAUAUUUAAAUAUUUCAAAUCAUUUUAAAAUAAAAUUUAUUUAAUUUGA